CAAAUAUGAGAAAAAAAUGAUUUUUUUUCAAAACACGAAUUUGAUUCCAUAACAUGCUGCUUAGUUAAUUCAAAGAUUUGAGUCCAAUAAACAGUGCUCUCAAUUGCCUACCGAAUCACGAUAUUGUUAUAAAAUAAUUUUCGCAAUAGAGCUCUAUUUCGCAAGUUAUUUUAUAACAACGUCGUGAUUCGGUAGACUAUUGACAGCACUGCUUAUUAGACUCAAAUCUUUGAAUUAACUAAGCAGCAAGUUAUGGAAUCAAAUUCGUGUUUUCAAAAAAAAAUCAUUUUUUUUCUCAUAUUUGAGCUUCAACAUGAAAUUAGUCGGUAUGACUUGUCCAUGUCUUAUCUAGUUCUUGAUUGAUCAUAAAUCAAAUAUUAGAAUUUCAAUGUAUUCGAGAAACCAAUUGGGAUUGAUAAGAAAACGAUAUCUAAGGACAAACAAGUAGAAUACUAUUAAAAUGUUCUUUUCAUGUACAUAUCAGAUUAUGAGAACUUUCAAAAAAAAGAAAAAAAUGAUUAUUUAACCAUAUUAAGAUAGAGCUUUAAGGUGAUGUAGAUUUCCGAAAGUGUGCCAGAACAAUCAGCAGAUACAUUUUUCUGUAGAUUAUUUUUCUAAGCUACGGUGAAUGCCAUUUCACGUUUGCUCUGAUGACACUACCAGAAUGACAUCAGUAAAUUUUAUUUUGUGCUCUUCAGUUAUUAGCAUGCUAAGAAACAUACUGUGAAAGUUUUAGCUUCAAAUAUCAUUUACAAAAAAGCUUAUUCUCUUUCCAGUGACCUACACAUUAGACAUAUCGCAUCGAUCGUAGAAACACAAUACUAGAAUAAAUUCAGAAUUCUUUGAUUUGUAUUACCUGAAUAAUAAUUCAGAAAGAGAUCUACCGUACCAGACUUCAAGUUGAACAAAAAAACAGAAAUUCACUUUCCCGUAAUGUAGAUAAAAACAAUAUAUGUUUCGCUUAUUUUUGAAUUAUAUACGUCUAUACUUAACAAGAGUAUUCAGUUUUGGUCCUAAAGAACUUGUUUUCAUUAUUGUGAAGUACUUUUAGGUAGACCAUAAAUUAGCAAAAUGUUAUCCAGAAACUAUGAUCAACUUAUUUCGUUCAAGAUAUUUGUUCAGCUUCUGAGAGAUUCGCUCACUACUGUAAAACAUAGCAUUACACCAAAUUUCUGAAUUCAUAUUCGAAAAAAGAACAAAGAAAUUCUUGUCCUAAUCCAUACGUUUCAAAACAUGUGCUUAUUCUUCAAGUGUGCUGAAAAUGAAUAAAUAUUUUGUUUAGAAAAUUCCGAUACAUGCAUUAGGAAGGAAUUAAAUGAGCACUUAUUUUUAGCCAUUCAAAAUCUUUCGAAAAUGAUAUGAAAAAGAGUUUUCUCAGAUGUUUUGUAUCAAAAUUCUGCACCAGUCUUCUAAUAACAGCUUAGUAAGAUGAGAAAGAUGUUGUGGAAAGCAUCUAAAAAAAAAUAGUGCAAUGUUUCGAUGUGUCGCUAUAAAACAAAAACUAGAUCACAUUCCCGAGAACAUCGAUAUCUUGUGCUACCGAAAAAUCCAUCAGCUAACAUAUCUAGCAAUGAAUAACAAUAAUAUUGCUUAAUCCAGAAGAGAAGAAAAACGAAACAAAGCAAGUCUUUUCAGAGUGCUUAUUAUUUGAGGGUAAAUUGUCAGAAACAAAAAUACAAUAUUAUUUUGAAAAUUGAGAAGAAAGUAAUACUCAUCAUAUAAUGCCAGAAAAUUCAUUUCGAUAUUUUUCUUCAAUUUCUAGUUGCCUCUUAAAAAAAGAGGACGCAUCAGUUUAUUAGAGACUUUUAUCAUUCCAAGUCGUUCGCUGCUGCUGAAAUAGCUCUGAAUGACUAUGAACUCAUUGUCUCUAUUGGUGUGUUUCUGAGAAGGCAACAUGAUUUUUUGCAAAAAUUACUGUUGAUUUCUUUCUUGACUUCACGGUAGUCCUCUUGAUUGUACAUGUAUAAAUUCAGUUGAAUUUCUUUCGUCUGAUGCUGCAAAUCUCAGACAGCUAGUUUGUUUUUUGUUGGAAACUGAUCCAAAAAAUGCGGUUGUUGCUGAAAAGAAGAAUGAUAUUCAGCAUGAAAACAUACAUUUACUUUCAUUUAUGGAAGCAGGAAACAUUACUAGCCAUUUGGGAUCCGCUUCGUGUUUAUCCAAUAUUUACCAUAAGUAGCUAUGCGUCUUCAAAGUUAAUCUGCGCUAAUGUACUGUAGAAGUACCAAUUUCUGGAAAAAUACAUUUGUCAUUAUUCGAUGUUUUUUUAGUUCCAUCGUUACAAGCAGCAUCGGCAAGAAAAAUAGCACCAAUGGAAACAGCCAAUGACCAAUCAUCGCUAAAACUUUUUCGAAUACGACGAGCCAAAACAACAGCAAAAGCCAUAACAACAACAAAAGCCAUAACAACAACAAAAACCACAACAACAACAAAAACCACAACAACAACAAAAACCACAACAACAACAAAAACCACAACAACAACAACAACAACAACAGCAGCACCAGCAACAACAAAUAAAUGGUUUAUUCAUGUAUCACGAAAUUUGAAAGUAGAAUAUUGA